AUGAAGGGAAAGAACCAAACUUCCCACAUAAAAAUUGCUGUGAAAUGUUGCGAGGAUUUAAAGAAUUAUUCACGACUUAUUGACAAGCUAAUUGAGAAACAAACGUCAAAAGAAUUAGAGAAUAAUCGAUUGCGGCUCAAAACCUCAAUAGAGUGUGCUCGAUGGCUAGCAUUCCAAGCUUGUACUUUUAAAGGUCAUGAUGAAAGCAUUGAUUCAAAAAAUAAAGGUAAUUUUAUUGAAUUGAUAAAAUUCACAUCAACUUUCAAUGACAAAGUAGCUAGUGUUGUCUUGGAAAAUGCUCCAGGAAAUGCCAAAUAUACAUCACCCACAAUUCAAAAGGAGAUUUUGCAUAUUCUUGCUAGUAAUGUGCGAAAUGCUAUUCGUGAAGAAAUUGGGGAUGCAAAAUUCUGCAUUCUUGUUGAUGAAGCCCGAGAUGAAGACACUACUGCAUUGACUUUAAAGAAUGAGAUAUGUACUGUCCUUUCUCGUUACAACCUCCACAUUGAAAAUAUUCGAGGUCAAGAAUAUGAUAGGGCUAGUAACAUGCAUGGUGAAUGGAAUGGAUUACAAGCUCUUUUUCUUAAAGACUGCCCAUAUGCUUAUUAUGUACAUUGUAUGGCUCAUAGGUUGCAAUUAGCUCUAGUUACAGCAUCUAGAGAAGUAAAAGAUGUUCAUCAAUUCUUUGAUCAUUUGGUUAAUAUUAUCAAUAUUGUUGUUGGUUCUAGUAAGCGUAAUGAUGAAUUACAACAUGCUCAAGCAGAAUAA